AUGCCGCUCUGUGGAAGCUCACCCAAGACAAUCCAUAGAAAGAUUGUUAUUCUAGGAGAUGGUGCCUGUGGUAAAACAUCACUAUUGAAUGUGUUUACAAGAGGUUACUUCCCGCAGGUGUAUGAACCAACAGUGUUUGAGAAUUAUGUACACGAUAUUUUCAUUGACGGUCAGUCAGUGCAGCUUUCACUAUGGGACACGGCUGGACAGGAAGAAUUCGAUAGGUUGCGAUCACUUUCGUACUCUGAUACACAUUGUAUAAUGUUGUGUUUCUCAGUAGACUCGCCCGAUUCAUUGGAGAAUGUACAGUCUAAAUGGGUCGGCGAGAUUGCAGACAAUUGUGAAGGUGUCAAAUUGGUAUUAGUGGCAUUAAAGACUGAUUUAAGAGACGAUGAAGACGACGAGGACAACAUAAAUGCGGGAAAUGACCAGCAUCAUUACCAACAAAAUACGAAUAAUCCCUAUGCCGCGCCAAAGAGGUUGAUCACUUAUGAUGAAGGACUCGCAGUGGCGAAAAAAGUUGGUGCAUUGAGAUAUCUAGAAUGCUCAGCAAAAAAGAAUAAACGUGUUAAUGAAGCAUUUUCAGAAGCUGCUCGAUGUGCACUCGAUGCUAAACCAAAAGGAGCUAACGAUAAUGAACAAGAAAAGAAGGGUUGCAUCUUGAUGUAA